AUGUUUUCCUUCGCUGCCGCUUUGGCCUUUGGCACAGUUGCUUAUGCCUUGCCGUCCGCUGUCUCUCCUGCCACGCCUUUCGGUGCCGUCUACAUCAUCACCAACGACCUUCAGGACAACUACGUCGUUUCUGCGCAAAUUGGGCAGGACGGUCUCCUUUCUGAUAUAAGCGCAUUCUCAGCGCAGGGUGCUGGUGCCGAGGGUCAGCCACCAAACCUUGGCGCGCUCUUUUCGCAGAGUCCUGUCACCGUCAACCAGGAGACCGGAAGGCUCGCCGUUGUAAAUGCUGGGUCUGGCACCGUACAACUGUACAACAUCGACCCCACCGACCCGACCCGGCUCACACCAAUCGGCCAGGCCGUGUCUUCAGGCGGUGACUUCCCCCAGUCUCUCGCCUUCAACAAUAAGGGUGACAAGUUGUGUGUGCUCAACGGCGGUCUCGACUCCAACGUACAAUGCUUCCUUGUCGACGAAUACGGCGCGCUCGAGGCGUCGUCCACCGGGGAGGUCACGACAUACAACCAGACUUCCAACCCACCGACAGGUCCUCCCGGUACCGCAUCGCAGGUGCUCUUCACCCCUGACCAGGAGGCUGUCAUCGCGGUAGCCAAGGGUCUGCGCACCAACUUCACCGAGUACCCCGGCUACAUGCGUAUCUGGCCCAUUGACGAUGAGGGUGUCCUCGCCGAGACCCCGCUGGAGAUUGAUCUCCGCCCACCAUUCGGCGGACUCAGUUUCAGCCUUUCUCAGAUUCCUGGUCGCAACGCCUUCGUCGGCUCCGAUGUCGUCCCCGGAGCGAUCGUUGUCGACAUGAGCACUGGUGCCGCGAAUGCGACGGUCAAGCCGCUCAACAUCUCAAACAACAUCGGUAACUGCUGGUCCGUCACUGCGCCCAAGGCCGGCACCUACUUUAUUUCGGACCUGCUCGCGCACUAUGUCAACGAGGUCGCGCUCGACGAUGACUUGAACCCCACCCUCCUUCGUCAAUACAACGUGUCCGGCAUGGGCCCGAACGAGGCUGUCGUUACUGAGGUUAACGGUGUUGAGUACAUGUACAUGCUUAUGGAGGCUGCCACUGCCUUCGGUGUCUGGCGCAUCGACGGCCCCGGUGACGCGACGCUUGUCCAGCUCCUUGACAUGUCGGUGCCCUUGGCUGAGGUCGGCGUCAACACUGACUACCUCCUGCUCUCUGGCAUGAACAUCUUUGUCUCGCCGGAUGCCGCUACUGGCGCGAUUGCGGCAGCAUAA